AUGUCCAGUGAUGGUGAUGGCUAUGACAUUGAUGGCGAUGAUCAGGAUACUUUUUCUCUUCCACUUGAUUCAUUAACUCAAUUAUUUAAACCACAAGAAUUCAAAAACUCAGUAGAUUCAACAAUACCACACAAUACUGAUUCCAUUUACGAUAUUAACAAGUUAAAUACUCCAAUUUUCUCUCAUCCAAAUAAUCAAAUCCAUCAAGUAGCAUGCGCAUAUCUCCUUUGCUCAUCUUCCAUUUACUUUCCUCCACCGGAUUCUGAAUAUUUCACUGAUAAACCAACCAUUUAUAUGUGGAGAAACAUGAGUAAAACGCUGCCCAGCGAUUUCUCGUCAUAUGUACAAGAAUACUUUCACGAUAAAUAUGUCUCCAUAAAGAAACAAUUAAGAUUUUUCUUCCAAGUCGCCCCUUCUAUUGAAAAAUUACAAAAUAUUGCCACAAUGAGAAGAGAAAUUACCACUGGGAGGAUUCUAUUUCAUUACAUUGGCUAUGGUUUUCCAAAAAUAAAGGAAUGCAUAUAUGCAUUUGAUAAAAAAACAAACAAAUUCGUCGAUUAUCCUUUAUGUGAUCUUUUUGAUGCUCUCAAACCACCUACAUGGUUUAUUUUCGACUGUUCAUACGCAGAAUGUGCAUUCAAAGUGAUCAAAAACAUAGCAGAUUUUAAAUCUCGAACAAAAUCUACGAAAACUAACUGGUCUGAUUGGUUUUGCUUCUGUGCAACAAGCGCAAAUGAGCAAUUACCAGCAGAUCCGCACCUUCCACGUGAUUUCCUUACAUCUUGUCUCUUAACUCCGAUAAGAACCGCAAUAUUAUGCCAUAUUUUACAAUAUUAUAGGACAACAUUGGUCAACGAUGACUUCCCAUUGCGAGAUUUAGACGGAUACCUCCUAAAAAUCUGCAAUGAAAAGAAUGAAUUGACUCCUUUGCAUGAUUCCCUCACAAAAACGCUAAAUACCAUUACAGACGCCAUAGCAGCCGAAGCCAUUCCAUUACAUAUCUACCAAUCUAUCUUUUCCGCUGAUGAUUUGACUACAACUUUAUUUAGAAAUUUCUUAUUGGCCCAAUUUCUUCUUAGACCACUCCACGUUCAUCCAACGUCAUUCCCAUUACUUCCUGAUUUAUCUAUGCAUCCUUUAUGGCAGCAUUUGAGGACUGCAAUCGACAUUUCGGUUUUUAGUGGUUUAACUUUGACUCCUUCUUUCCAUAAUGAUAUUUUCCAAAGGGCUUUGACGACAUUUUCGGCUUCUUUGGAUAAUAACACGGCCAUGGAGCUCGCAAUCCAUAUUUUUGUUAUUUUAUUUCAUCUUCCGCCAGAUUUCGAACAGAGAUCGCGUUGUUUCAAGUUACUUGCGAAGUACGCGUCAUCAUCACCUGAUGCAAGGAAGGUUUUGACCAAAUACGCUACAAUUGACUUCAUUUUUUCAACAUUAUUAUCUGAUUCUUUCUUAAACGACCCUUCUUCGUUCCACGCUGCAGCGUACUUGGCCAUUGUGAUGUUUGAAAGCACAAGGAGCUUCACAAACUUCAAAGAAAAGUAUGAUAUGAAAUUAUUAGAAUCUGCCUUGUUUAAUACGAACUUUCCUGACAAUACAAGGGCUCUAGUGUCUGUAAUUAUUGCCACAUUGAUCCCUAACAACGAACAAAUGCGGCAAAUUGCAGUUUCAGAGGAGUUUGUACUCAAAUUAAGAAAAAUGUUAGAAACAUCAACAGAACUUUUAAGUUUAUGGUCAUUAAUAAUACAAAGAAGGAUGUUUGACUCCUUCGGUGUUGAUCUUUUCCAAUUCUACGGUGCAGGACUCCACAUUCAAACAGCAUCUUUCUGUUUGAACCACUCCUCGCUUGUUUCAGCGGCCGCCAUCGCCACCACUCCAUGUCUCCUGCAAAGCGGACAGGAUAUUGUCAACAUGCAGCUCUUUGGUCUGUGCAUGUUGUGCGGAUUUGACGCAAAUUACGUUGUCAGGUUCAAUUUCAUCCUGUUUGUAAGGAGAUUCUUGUCGAUAUAUAGCGAUAAGAUACCAGGGAACACGGCAAUUGGCAAACUCGGCCAUCAAACAUUCGCAUCUUUAAUUGAUUCGUGGUCGGACAAUGAUUCGGUCACUUCACUUGGCCAAUUAAUAAGUGACUUCAGUGCAUUAUGUCGUACUGUGCAAGAUAUAAUGCGUCGAAACGAUUCCUUGCGGAGAUUCAUCUCCAUUGCGAUGUUUUUCGCACAAUUUAUGUGUGACGAUCCACAUCCAAGCGUCAGGAAGCACGCCAGACAGAUAAAUCAGACAACAGAAGGUCUGUCUGGUGUCCAGACGUACAGGGGUCGCGAAACAUCCAAUGCAAAUUCAGCUCCUGUCUCCGCGACAUCGAAUUUUGAGAUGAUUUCGAGUCCUGGCAGUUUUCCAUCUCAAUUUUCCAGUUCAUCCAGUGAUGAUGAGACAUCCGUUCCAUCCUCGAAUGAUAACCAGCCAAAACCUGCUUCAUGCGAUUCAGGUGGCGACGCUUUGUAUAAAAUGGCUGUUCAAGAUUUGGUCGUAAAUGGUUACAUGUCAGAAAAAGUGUCAGAAGAUUCAUCGAGUAAAAUUUUCACGGCGGCGCCGAUUGAUUUCUUGGAGACGACUAAUAUAACACUCUCCAAGACUUACUCGUUCCCAGGAUCUAUCACGUCGCUGUCUUUCGAUAACGAUUCGAGAGCUAUCGCAUGCGGUUUUUAUGAUGGGUCAGUAAGCUAUAUUAAAGAGGACGGAAAGAUUAAUAAAUUAAGGCUAAGUUCAACAGUUAGUUCUUUAGAUGUUGUUAACAUCGGGAACAAUAAUUACAGUGUAUGCGGUACAGACAAUGGAUGCUGCUACUUCUGGGACAUGCAAUCUUUGUAUCCUUUGUGUUGUUUCAGAUGCGACGGAUCUCCACUCCAAAAGUCGCCACAGCUCAUCUCAAUGAUGCCAGAUAACUCCAAGAAAUUCCUAACAGCACGUGGAAACUGCGGCGCUGUAAAACUUUGGGAUUUCGGAUCUCAAAAAUUAAUUAAUGAGUGGCUGCCAACGGCCAACAACAAAGAUAACGUAAUCACGAGCUUGUUGGCAUGCCCCAAUGGCAAUGAGGUCGUUGUUGGCUACAACACAGGCUUAUUAGUUUUAUUAGAUGUCAGAGCUGACAAUUACCAGCUUGUUAUCAACGCGAAUGUCAUGGAUAUGUCAAGAAUAGUUGAUAUCAAGUCAUCCGGAGAAAGAACCUUCUUCGCGGCUCACGAAAACGGACAAGUUUCUCAGUGGACGAAUUUUGAGUCAAUGACGAACUUGAUGAGCAUUGAUGAUGACUGCAUUAGAUCAUUCGAUGUAAUGAAGUCAUCAUCAGUUCUGUGCUUGUCAUCAAAGAAAGCGUCGCCAAGCUUGAUUUCAUUUGAUGGAAAGAUUAUGCAUAAUAUGAAAGACGCUGGAAGUUGCGCUUGCGUGAAAUUCCAUAAUUCAUUGCCUAUUGUUUCCGUUGCUUCAGCAAAUGGAAAACUUUAUGAAUAUGAAAUUCAUAAUUUGUAA